AUGAAAAACUCUGAGGCAACGACACAUGAUGGUAUGGAGAUAGAAGCAACAGCUAGGCCUUCUGGAAAUGGUUCCACCCUACCAGGGUUGAGUCCUCUCAGUGAGACCCUUUGGAGAGAGAAGGCCAACUCAGAGAUCAUUGGAGAUGUUUCAGCAAGACUCACAUGGAAGGAUCUGACCGUGAUGGUCACUCUUAGCAACGGCGAGACACAAAAUGUUUUGGAGGGUCUAACUGGUUAUGCUGAACCAGGAACCUUCACUGCUCUCAUGGGGCCCUCAGGUUCUGGAAAAUCUACUCUUCUUGAUGCACUUUCUAGUCGCCUAGCUGCAAAUGCCUUUCUUUCAGGCACCAUUCUUCUCAAUGGACGCAAAGCCAAACUCUCUUUUGGCACUGCAGCUUAUGUGACACAAGAUGAUAACUUGAUCGGUACCCUAACAGUGAGGGAGACGAUAUCAUAUUCAGCUCGUUUGCGUUUGCCUGAUAACAUGCCAUGGGAAGAUAAGAGAGCAUUGGUGGAGAGCACCAUUGUGGCAAUGGGACUGCAAGAUUGUGCCGACACAGUGAUUGGAAAUUGGCACUUGCGUGGGAUCAGUGGUGGGGAGAAGAGAAGGGUUAGCAUUGCCUUGGAAAUCUUGAUGAGACCAAGGUUGCUUUUCCUUGAUGAGCCAACCAGCGGACUUGACAGUGCUUCAGCUUUCUUUGUGACUCAGACGCUACGUGCCUUGGCAAGGGAUGGGAGAACCGUGAUAGCCUCUAUUCAUCAACCUAGCAGUGAAGUGUUUGAGUUGUUUGACCAAUUGUACUUGCUUUCUAGCGGCAAAACUGUUUAUUUUGGACAGGCUUCAGAGGCAUAUGAGUUCUUUGCACAAGCUGGUUUCCCUUGUCCUGCUUUGAGGAACCCUUCUGAUCAUUUCCUCAGGUGCAUCAAUUCUGACUUUGACAAAGUCAAGGCCACUCUCAAAGGGUCCAUGAAACUGAGGUUUGAGGGAAGUGAUGAUCCUUUGGACAAGAUCACUACUGCUGAAGCAAUCAGAACUCUUAUUGACUUCUACCGCACUUCUCAGCACUCUUAUGCUGCAAUACAAAAAGUGGAUGAGAUAUCCAAAGUUAAGGGAACAGUGCUUGAAGCUGGAGGAAGUGAGGCUAGUUUCUUGAUGCAGUCUUACACUUUGACCAAACGUUCCUUCACCAACAUGUCAAGGGACUUUGGCUACUACUGGCUUAGGCUUGUUAUCUACAUUGUUGUCACUAUCUGUAUUGGAACCAUUUAUUUGAAUGUGGGGACAGGCUACAACUCUAUUCUGGCCAGAGGUUCUUGUGCAUCUUUUGUUUUUGGUUUUGUGACCUUCAUGUCAAUUGGUGGAUUCCCUUCAUUUGUUGAAGACAUGAAGGUUUUCCAAAGGGAGAGGCUUAAUGGUCACUAUGGUGUCACUGCAUUUGUCAUCAGCAACACAUUAUCUGCAAUGCCCUUCCUGAUUUUGAUCACUUUUCUCUCUGGAACCAUCUGCUACUUCAUGGUUCGCCUACACCCUGGCUUUUGGCAUUACCUCUUCUUUGUGCUGUGCCUUUAUGCCAGUGUCACAGUGGUUGAAAGCUUAAUGAUGGCAAUUGCCAGCAUUGUCCCCAACUUCCUCAUGGGCAUUAUUAUUGGAGCAGGAAUUCAGGGCAUAUUCAUGUUGGUCUCAGGCUACUUUAGGCUUCCACAUGAUAUCCCAAAGCCAGUCUGGCGUUACCCUAUGUCAUACAUCAGUUUCCACUUCUGGGCACUGCAGGGUCAGUACCAGAAUGAUUUGAGGGGCUUGAUUUUUGACAACCAGACACCAGACCUUCCAAAGAUACCAGGAGAAUACAUCUUGGAAAAAGUCUUCCAAAUUGAUGUGAACAGAUCGAAGUGGAUUAAUCUGAGUGUGAUCUUCAGCAUGAUUGUGAUCUACCGAAUUAUAUUCUUUAUCAUGAUAAAAAUAAACGAAGAUGUGACACCAUGGGUGAGAGGAUACAUGGCUAGAAGGAGAAUGCAGCAGAAGAGUGGAGCACAGAACACAACCAUUGCACCUGAUGUUCUCACUCAGUCACCAUCUCUCAGAACCUAUGUUUCCCAUCCAACAAAAUGAUCUCAUUAAAACUUUUACUCCUUUCAUUAUCAACUAGGAUUAGAUAUAUAUAUCAGACAAAAUUCUUACUGUUUUUACACAUUCUUGCCCUUUAACCCUACUUUCAGUAAGUUAUCACUGCCUUGUUUAUAAUUUGAGAAAAAAUAUCACUUCUACUUUCUCCUG